UCAGAGAGCGGCUCGGCAAACAGAGGGGGAGGGAGGGAGACGGUGAACGGGACCGAGCGAGGCGGCUGGCUCGCCCCGUCAACAACCCCUACCCCCACCGCCCUUGCUCAGGGGCUGGAACUCAGAUCGGAGUCAUGAGAUGCCCAACACUACUGGAGGACCCCUUGCUCCCAAACUGAGUGCAGGAGCAGACAGCGGCAGCAGUAAUGGAGAUGGAAGGGUCGCCGGAGCCAGAAACCCCGCACACGGCCGAUGACCUUCCCCGGCCAGAUCCCGCAGGGCCUGCUUCCGCCCCCGGGGGAGAAGGAGGAGUGGGCAUGUCGGAACCCGUUGCAGAAGGCAGAGGGGCGGAGGAGAGGUGCCAAGUCUCCAUCUACCUGGAGGUCCUGGCUCCGGCCAAUCUCCCUUCCGGCGGGACAUCAGCGGGAGGCGACACUCCGGGUGAGAUGCCCACCCAGAUUUCACCUGUUUCCGAGACUUCGGAGCUGGAUACCAGUGCAGACAGCGGCCUGACGGGGGACAGUGAGGAGGCGGAAGAGGAGGAGGGCGAGGGGGACCCCUGCCAAACGGCACCUCCUGAACCCGUGCAGCCAUGCCAGCCUAGCGGAAGCCCAGACAGGGCUGAGGAUGGGACCGGCGUCGCAGCAAGGGGAAGCUGUCACCUGCAGGGUGUCUGGCACCUUAGCCUGGACCCGCUCCUCACGCUGACCAAUCACGGACACACGGCCACCAUUGUGACCCCGGAGUGCAUGGAGCGCGAGGUGCUCCUCGACCUGGUGUACAAGGUUCAGAGCCGGCAAUUCAACGAUCAGCGGCACUCCGUCCGCAAGGAGAUCCGGGAUCGGCGAGGCUGCCACUCACUCCCGACCUCGCCGCUGGAGAAGAUGCAAUAUUUCUUCCGCUCCAUGUCCAACCUUCAAGCCGAGGAGUUCUUCGACCUGAUUGCCCGGUCUCAGAGCCGUCGCCUUGACGACCAGCGGGCCGACUUUGAGGAGUCAUCUGCCGGGGAUGUGGAUCCAAAGAUCUGUGAGGAAAACAUGGAAUACCUGGAUCUAGUGGGGACAGAGUGUGCCCAGGUAGAGGGGCAGCAAGAGACAACCCUGUUCACCUCAGACAGAGCUCGUUCCCUGAAAGAGGAAGGCAUGGAACCCGUAGAGAAAGAGACCCCGGCAGAGCAAGGUGAAGUUCCAGUAGAGAGUGAGCAGGUUCCAUCAGAGAAAGAGGAGAUCCCAGUAAACCAAGAGAUGAUACCAAAAGAGGGCGAAGAACCAGCUGAUGACGGGAACACUCCAGGAGAGGAAGAGGAGCCCCGAGCAGAGGAUGUGGAGAUCCCAGCAGGAGAGGUUCAAACAGAGAAAGGGGAAGCCCCAGCAGAACCAGCAGAGGGAGGUGAGGCUCCAGCAGAACUGGGGGCAGCCCCAGCAGCGAAACAGCAGAACUCUGCACCGAGAAAGUGGACUGGAGGUGGGAAGGACCCAGACGAGGAGCUGUACAACACCAUACUGAAGCACCAGUCGGCUAGAGCCCGGAUCGAGGACCAGCGAAGCCAGCCACCGGACCGCAGCCCGCGCGAGUUCUUCGACCUGCUGCAGCGGCUUCAGGAGCGGCGGAUGGAUGAGCAGCGGGCAGCUCUGCCUCCCAGCCUGGGCCCCGGUGCCAAGCGGGGGCUCAGCCCCUUGCCCGGGGACCGCCGGCCCUCUGUUUUCACCCCCCUGCUGAGGGGGGUGUCCCAGAAGAGGGCCAACUCCAGCUAGGCCCCAGUGUACAGGGUGGGGUGGGCAGGCCUAGGCCCUCACCCAGGAUCCUCAUCCCACUCUCACACCCAGGCGUGCUGUGGUGAGCUGGUAUUCAGGGAGGUAGAAGUAAGAUGGGGGGGUAACAGAAAUUCUGUGGGCGUGUGAAGUAGAUAGGAGUCAGAUGAGGCCAAGCUAUUGGCUUCAAUCUCUGAACGCUGGCCCAACAUAAUGAAGUGGUUUCUCCCCAAACCCCACCCCAUCCUCAUUUUAAGCCUGGGUUAUCAGUGUCCCAGAUAUCCCCCAACAUCUCCCUUUCCUGCUUUAUGCAAUGGUCCCCUAUCUCCCUCACCACUGAUUUCCCACUGUCGUGGAGAGCAUCACACCCCCCCAUAACCCCUCACCCCACCCCCCACGGCUGAUUUCCUACCGUCAUGAACAGCAGUCCCCACCCCCUCACCAUCCCACACCCCAGCUACCGGCUCUUCCCUCUCGCCUCCAUCCAAAGGCAUCGCAGGGAAACACUCCGGGACGUUGCGGGGUACCUUUGCACAUGUGAGUUUGCAUCAGCUCCCUCCUUGCCCGUCCUUCCCUAUUCCUCACUGCCCACACGUGGGGACAGGCGGGAAGGUAAGGGGCCGCAGGUCCCCCCCACCCCCCCCCCGUCCUCCCCUUAUUGCUACAUUCCCUCAUUGGAGGCUGAUAGCAGCCUGCCUCUCUCCCAUGGCCUCAUCUCCUCUUGAGGACUUGAGACUGGGUUUGAAAAUGGCACCGGCAAAGUCAGCAACUAUGGGCCAAUGCUAACUGCCCCCAAAGAGGGCAGUCAUCCUGGCAAAGGUGUCUGUCCUGGCUCCAGUCACCCGGAUCUGUCCUGACUGGAUGGGGGCUGUUCUGGCAUGGAAUAGAUGGGCAGAACAGCAUUUCCACUUUCCUGCCGUGUGAGAUGGAAAAGUAGGUAUGCAUUGAAGUGUUCCCCUCUGCCAACUUGUCCUGUCUUUUCUGGAGUGGGCCCAUUCAGGAGGUGCUGUCGAGGGAGCCCACAGAGAUGGGCAGAGCUGGUGUGCUCCACAACCACUGUGUGCCAGAGGUGGUGGGGAGGGAGGGCUCACUGUCAACUCCAGUGUAUCCUGUUUGCCUCUAAGUGUUCUAUUGCAUUGAAAGCGUACUGUAAAUCUUGUAGAAGUGGGUACAAGUGACAGGGUCUGAUCCCUACGAGGUGGCAUUUGGCUUCUUGCAGACGUUCUUUUUCAAAAGCUAUUCGUGGAAGUUUAUAAGGAGAAGUGCAGAGGACAACCAGUGCAUUAAAUAUGUCGCUCAGUACACCAUUCAGAAAUGAAAAACCCGCCGCCUAUCACUUGCCAACCUCAGUCGAUCUCUGCACUCCUGCUAUGCCACAGCUUCUGGCCUGGAUCUUACACUGCGCACCCUCCGACUACUCUUUCAUCCCAGAUGGAGGGUGUUGGCCCUGACCUGACUGUCCUCCUCCCUUGCAGAUGUUGCCUGACCCGUUCCUUCCCCAUUGCUCAGCAAGACCACAGCUGCCCUUGUACCUCAGAGCCCCCUUUUCUGCCCUGACCUCGUGUCCAUCCAUUCCAUUAAUAUCUAUGCUUAUCUGCCUAGAGCGUGGCAAAAUGUUUAAGGUGUUGGACUGGUGAGCUGAAGGUCGUGAGUUCAAGCCCCAGCCGAGGAUGUGUGUUGUGUCCUUGAACAAGGCACUGAGCCACACACUGCUCCAGUCCACCCAGCUGAAAAUGGGUACCGGCAAGAUGCUGGGGGUUAACCUCGCGAUAGACUGGCGUCCUAUCCAGAUGGGGGUGUGGGGGUUGAUAUCUCAUACUCUCACUUCACGCCAUGAAAACCGGCAUAAGCGCAGGCCUGAUGAGCCUAUAAGGCUUGGGACAGACAUUAACUUUAACUUCAUCUGUCUGGAGUUAAAAGAGUGAACAAUCCUAGCCAGGCAGAGCAUUCCUGUGAUGCACCAAACUCUGGGAGAAGAAAUUUACACUUAACUCCAAAGAUCCAGAUUCAGGACAUUCAGGAUCCAAGAUUUUUUAAUGUCAUUUCCAGUACACAAGAGUAAAGGAGAACAAAUAAUUAUUACUCCAUAUCUGAUACAGCACAAUAAACACAAUCAGAUAAAGAAUGCAAUAAUGAUAAAAAACACAAUAAAUAAAUAAAAUAGCUUAUAUAUAUAUAUAUAGAUUGAUUUUAUGUCCAUAAAGUGACGCUAGGCACAGGUGACAUUUGGUGACUGACAGGAAAUGAUAAAGUAGUGGAUGGUUGGUUAGUGGGUGGAUGUGUUGAUCAGCCUUACUGCUUGGGGAAAGUAACGGUUUUUGAGUCUGGUGGUCCUGGCGUGGUUGUUAUGUAGCCUUCUCUCUGAUGGGAGUGUGUCAAACAGUCCAUGAACCUUCAUAAUGUUAAUGGCCAUUUACUGGUUCCUUUCUGUAUAUAUGUCCUUUUUGAUGCGUAGGCUGGAGCCAGUUUAAACUACCGGGUGUAGAGUCUUCCUGUCCACCACAGUGCAUUUUCCAUAGCAUGCAAUGACGCAGCUUGUUAGGAUGUGCUCCGUACGCACCUGUGGAGUGAUGGGAGUCUGGUUGUGCGUAGGCCAGCUCUCUUCAUCCUCCUCAGAAAGUAGAGAUGUUGCUGAGCUUUCCUGACUGCGUAGGAUGUGCUCUGGGAUGAAGAGAGGCUCUGCGACCUGUUUUUUUAACCUACUGUUGUUUUGUUGUUGGUUGUGUUCUGUGUUGGUUCUGCUGAGCAUUGUGAGCAUAUGCGAUGUCGAUACCUGAAUGUUCAUAGUCAAAGUUCAAAGUAAAAUUUAUUAUCAACCCUGAGAUUCUUUUUCUGCGGGCAUACUUAGCAAAUCUAUAGAACAGUAACUGUGGUUAAUGAAAAACAAACUGUGGAAAUGCAGAUAUAAAUAAAUAUCAAUAAAUAACAAGAUGAAGGAGUCCUUAAAUGAGUGCAGUUAUCCCCUUUUGUUCAAUAGCCUUUUGGUUGAGGGGUAGUAACUGUUCUUUAACCCGGUGGUGUGGGGGCAGCAGCGAGAAAAGAGCAUGGCCUGGGUGGUGAGGAUCGUUGAUGAUGGAUGCUGCGUUUCUAUGGCAACGUUUCAUGUAGAUGUGCUCAAUGACUGGGAGGGCUCUACCGUGAUGCACUGGGCCGAAUCCACUACCUUUUGUAGGAUAUUCCACUCAAAGCACUGGUGUUCCCAUACCAGGCCAUAACGCAACCGGGCAGCACAAUGUCCACCACACUUCCAAAGAAGUUUGUCAAGGUUUUUUGGUGACAUGCCAAAUCGUUGCAGACUCCUGAGGAAGUAGAGACACUGUCGAGCUUUCUUCCCAAAUAUAUUUCUAUAAUAGAAACAUAGAAAAUAGGUGCAGGAGUAGGCCAUUUGGCCCUUCGAGCCUGCACUGCCAUUCGGCAUGAUCAUGGCUGAUCAUCCAACUCAGAACCCUGUACCAUACCCCCUUCUCUCCAUACCCCCUGAUCCCUUUCGCCACAAGGGCCAUAUCUAACUUCCUCUUAAAUAUAGCCAAUGAACCGGUCUCAACUGUUUCCUGUGGCAGAGAAUUCCACAGAUUCACCACUCUCUGUGUGAAGAAGUUUUUCCUCAUCUCGGUCCAAAAAGGCUUCCCCUUUAUCCUUAAACUGUGACCCCUUGUUCUGGACUUCCCCAACAUGAUGGGUCCAGAAGAGUUCCUCUGAGAUAGUCCUCAGGUGUGU